AUGCCGGACAAGGCUCCAGCAGAGUUCCACAGACGACACAACCACGCGACCCUGACUACGACUGGUGCUUCCGCUGCGGGCAAUGGGACCACCAUUCUUGGGGAUGCUCAAAAGGGAAGGAUGAGGACACUUCAACGAGAAGAACGAAAGAUUACGUGCCGAGAGAACGGUGCAGAUGAAUGGACGAGCACGAUGACAACUGCAAAGACCACCAUGAUGAGACAGGCUGGCGUUCGACUGACUCCACCUCAGCAACUUGCUCUGAACACAAUGCUGCGCUUCGACGGGACGGGCUUCACGCAUGUGGAGGCUGACUACUCCAAGCCUUGGUUGCCGAGUGAGAGCCGGCCUGAAGCGACACCUGGCGAGGAGGCUCCUGCGCAUCGACGGAUGAUGAACGCGACGGCGUGUGCGACAAACAAGAAUGAGCCGAAGAGCGAGUACGAUCAAGAGCAGAGAAGCACUGGUGUACAUGCUGGCACCCUUCAGAGAAAUACUGGAACCGGAACUCAGCGCUGGGCGUGA